GCAACAGCAUCGGCUACACCUCAGAUAUUGAACAUUCGUGAACUGGAAUUACCGAAGCCUGAUGGCGGAAGUAUUAAAGGCGAGAUUAAUGAAGUUGAGAGCAGUAAUAAGGAUGAAGACAUGGAUGCAUCCGAACGUCAGGAUGACAUCGAUAUUGAAACCGAGGAGGAUGAAGUUGGAACUCAGGCUGGCUUGAACAGUUCGACAAUUCAAAAGCAGUUCAUCCCAACAAACGCUUUCUAA